UUUCGCCUGGGUACCGGACCUUGUCACGCGCGCUGCGUGUUUUUUAAUUGACCAUGCGUGUUUGACGUCGCGCCGUACAUGUACAUGUACUUGUAAUGAUAGUGUACAUACCGAGUUGCUCAACUUUUGCUCAGAUCGUUUAAUUGUCAGUUUUCACAGACUUUCAGUGUUUCUUGUUCUUUAAAAGCCAACCAGCUUCAGGGUGGUUUCACCAUGGCUUCGGCAUCGAAGUUAGAAAUGGUCAACCGUACACUGAGGGGAGUAUUGCUGUCGGAAAAAGGCGGAGUUGCCAUCAACAGAGUGCAAGGUGAUUACCGGGACUUUACUGGGACAUCAUUGCCGUUUAAGGAGUUUGGAUAUGCCUCACUUGAAGCCUUCCUGAGAUCUAUUCCAAAUGUUGUGUCUCUGCACAGGGGUCCUGAUGGAGUGGUUCUUUGUAAGUGUGUCACAGAUGACUCAACCCAACGUAUUGGGAGCUUGGUUAACAGACAAAAAGGCAAGAAGAAAGGCAAAGGGUCUGGCAUCACCGCAAAACCAGGCAGACCGAAUGCUCGUCUGGCCAAACCUGUGUACCAGUCAAACCCAAGCCACAAACCCCGGCCAAUCAGGCCCAAGUUCCAAGCCAGUAAGCAGGCUCCCCAGCAAGUGAGGUUUCUCAAGCAACAGAACUAUGCCCGACCGGGUCAGCAGUCCAUUAACUGGGUGUCCAGUGGCCCUCCGAAACAGACUCCCCCAACUAAGCAGCUGUCCACUAAGCCCACAAAUAGUUCAUUCUCAGCAAACUCUUCUAAACCGAAGCAGCACUCUGCAUCGAUAGUCUAUCAGUCUGCAGCAUCAUCAAACGAGGCUGCAUUGACAACUCAGCAGCCGGCCCCUAGACCAUGGUCUGGCAAACUCGGCGCAAAGCGCAAUAAGCAGCUGGCCAGUUCCACCCUGGCAGACAACCUGCAGGGUCAGCCCGAUGAAGCAGCCAAUCAGACCGGCCAGUCGGCAACUUAUGAGAAUAUUUACAUCACGGUGGAGAAUGACAGCUUCCAAAAGGACAGGUCCGGCAACAGACCCAAGACAAAAUUUGCCAAGGGAAAGAAGCAAGAGUGGUCAGCCAACUUCGAUGUGCCACCUCGUUUUAAGAAGUUGAUGUCACCAACAACAGGUGUCCAAGAUCACUAUGACAACCAGGAUGGUGAGCCUAAUAAGACAUCUGCACCUGUGGUUCACACCAGUCCAUCAGGAAACUUCUCGGGUGAUGUACAGAUCGACAGAACAACAUCAGACUGGAUUCAGAAGGUUCUGAAGGAGAAGCCAAAUGGCAUUUGGGCCAGUGCUUUGUGUGACAUGCACAAGAAAGUGUUUGACCAAACACUGGACCCAGGCGUUAUUGGUACGAUGGCACAACACAACCUCAUCCAGAGGGAAAGUAUCAUGGGCAGUGUCAUCCUUUAUCCCAAGCUGACAGUGUGCCUUGGUGACUCUUCUGUAUCAAAGACAACACAAAGGUCAGUGACCCUUGGCCCUAGAGAUUAUCCGGAGGUAGGAGGGGCCGCUGAGAAGGAGAACCAGACUGGAAAUGGGUCGUUAUGGAGUUACCCUAAAGCCGAGCCUUAUGAAAUCCCCUUGCUUGCUGAGCUCACACACCCAACAGCUUUCCCCAAUCGUCAAGACUCCAGCCCUGCUGACCUGAGUAUGACAAGCAUACUGCAGGCUGUGUGCCAGCGACAGAACGUGCAACUCAAUUACAAAACGGAUUAUGUCAUCCUUCACGGAAAUUCAUAUCAUGUUGUGCGUUGCACUGCUGGGCCACAAGUUGGCAUAGCUUAUGGCGUUACGGAGAAGGCUGCAAUGGAAGGGGCAUCAGCCAACGUUCUUUACCGGUGGAACAUAAUGCCAGGCGAGUUACCUCAGGCUGUCACAGGUUGUGAGGAGCUGUACUUGAGAGUCGAGCAUCAGGCCGGGUUGUGCAACUGCACCUUGGUAGAGCGUGACGAUGGCUGUAAAGUGCCCAAAUGUGUGGCCAGUUGGUUGAAGAGGCGGUCGUGGAAGCCUUCGGAUGACUGGGUCGACCAGCAAAAUCAGAGACUUGUUCCAACUGUCAGUGUGGCCCGGCGGACUGCACAUCUGACCCAAGAUGAGAGAUUGGAAGCAAGGGCAGCUCGUUUCUGUCUCAAAACAACUCCUGAGGAAGAAGAAUCUUCAAAAGCAGCACCUCUUAUGAGUUUAUCCUUCUCUCCACGCAGAGUUGAAAGGUUCUGCGUUUUCAAUUCUAAAACCUUGCAGCAGCUGCAAGAUGGAAAACAUAGUUCUCAGGUACCAAAGAAUGAUUGCAUCCCUAGCAAGCUAUCCUCAACUCGAGAAGUCAGUGUUGAUCUGGAAGCAGCUUGGAAGACUGACCAAAGCUUUCCAGAUGUACAAGAACACAGAACAGGCUUGAAUUCUUCGUCAGUGGCUACACAAGACGAGAUUCUAAAAUUGAGGGCGGAGAGAAUUGGGCUCACAUUACAUGGGUAUACUCACUCAAGAGGCGACAUGCAGUCCACUCCAACAGCAACCACAGGGGAAACAGAUGACAAUCUCAAGUUGGCAAGAGGCAUCCAAAGUGACAUGGCCACAGCACCCUCACAGAGAGCCUUGGACCUGGAGAUCCGGCAAGUCCUCCGGGAGACCUUUGGCCGAACUGCCAUCUAUGAGACCGUCAAGGAUUUGGGCUCUGGGAAGCAUCCACUUGUCAGUGUCUGCUUCAUUGCUGGGUCGGUCAUUGGAGUUGGCAAAGGGCGGAGUAAGUUGGAAGCCAGGAAGGCAGCUCUAAAAGAGCUGCUGAUGAACCAGAGACAGUUGAAAAUGAAGCUGGAAACAAAGCGCCUCAAGAAGGUGGAUCAGGAGGAGAUGCCAAACCUCCCGGCGCAGACCCCGGAGUCUGUAUCAAGGAUCGGCAAAGAUGAUGUGUCAGCAUCUCAACCAAAGAACUUGACCCAGAUUGGAGGCCAGAAUGAUACAAAUUUGCCUUGUGGUCAGGGCUUCACAAGGUGGCAGCAGAAGGUGGCCCCUGCACCAGGCUGUCCCAGGAGAUCCUCUGACAGCCUCUCCCCCAGAACAGCUUCCCCAGGUGUGUCAUUGCCAGGGGGCAACCCCAGUGCACCUGACGAUCAGCUGCCGAGGAACACUCCACCCCAGGAUUCUGAUGCUGCAGGAAUUACUCACAGCCUUGUGGGUGUGCGGCUUGCUGAGACCCAGUCACUUGCCAGUGCAUCCACAGAAGAGACAUCCAGUGAACCACGCGGGGGAUUGGUCUUAUCCAACUUGGAAGUGCCCGGUGUACCCAGUUUGCAGUUGCCAGAGGAGAAUGAGUGGGAUGUGUACGUGGCAUACAUCACAAGUUUGUCUGACUUCUGGGUCAUACUCAUCGGAGAUGAGUAUUCGGAGCAGUUGAUCAUCUUGGAGGAGGAGAUGAGGACCUUCUACCAGUGCUGCACCUGGACUCUGACGGAGCCCCCUGAGGCAGGAGACUGCUACGCGGCCGAGUUCAACCGCGAGUGGUUAAGGGUGGAGGUCAAGUCCGUCGAAGGAGACAAGGUGCAGUGUUUUCUGCUGGACCACGGUGAUUUGGAGACGGCAGACAUCACUUCUCUCAGACCUCUAUCUGAAACUUUCCUGCAACUUCCCUUCCAAGUGGUUCGCUGCAAGUUGACUGGUUGUGAGCAGGUUGCCAACGAUGACCAGACUGCCCUGCAGAUGUUCUGCCAGCUGGCUCUGGGUAAAAGUCUGCUGGCAGAAAUCACCUCCAGGGAUGGUGAUUGCAUUGUGAUGGAACUCUUUGAUGACUCCGAUGUCUCUGUACUGGAACAGUGCAUGACUGCAGGUAUAUAGAGGCUUUAUAUAGAGGCUCAUUCCUGCCAGUGAAGCACUCACCCACAUCAGCAACCUAGGUACCAUGCAAAGUACCCUUCCUAGGUAUCAAAAGGGGAUAUCCCUGGGUUGAAUAUUGGGUGCAGGGUGGUUUGCCAGAGAGCUCUGGGAUUUCUAAGAAUCUUUGCUGUUGAGCUUGGUGCGUCCAAGUGUGCUCGAGAUGACGAUUCCGCAAGUGGUGUUUUUUAAAGUCAUUCUGUUUGCUGUAAAUUUGUUACAUGUACAGGUUAUUUUUAAGGUAACACAUACUUUAAGUUAAAUCUAAGUUUAUUUCAGACAUGAUAAAAGUACUGUAAAUGUGUAGGUCGGUGACAGGUUUUCUUAAAGCACAAAUUGGCUUUAAUGAUUAUGCAAAAAAAAAAAAAAAAUAGUGCAGGUUAAUUACUUCAGGAAAAGAAAUCUUCAGCAUGUUCUCAGGCAGAACUGGUGUGAAAUGUGAUAACCUACCCACUUUCGUGCUUUGUAAAGCAGGAGUGAGCACAAAACUAAUCACAAAGCAUGCAAUUUUUGGCUGGUAACCCAAUGUCUGCCAAGCCACAGACUUGUGUGCUUGUCAGCUCUAAAAUGUGCACCAAGUGAGAGAAUUGGAACCCCACAUGUGCCAUUAUAAAUUUCCUUUAUUAUGUAAGUGACUCCACUCAGAUAUUAAUUUCACUAUUUUUAACACCAUCAAAGCUCUAAAAAUCUUAUUUUUUUAUGUUGAAAAGAUUAUCAGGUUGUUGAUGUUAAGUGGAAAAGGAAAAUUAAUAGAAAAUAAAAAAAUAUCCAGUUACAAA